CCUCAAUUGCGCUCCAUCUCCCACCUGUUCCCCAUCUUCAGCUCUCGUCUAUCUCACCGUCUGGUCCUUCAGUACCGGAUUAGCCCUUUAUCUUCAUUCCUAUAACACCUACGCCUUCCCAGCCACCGAAUUUUCUCUGAUUCCUCCCACCUAUCUCCCGGUUGGAGCUUCCGCGUAGGAAGUCAUCCGUUGUCUCAUUUACCCUCACAUUCAGUCAACCCACCGUCUCCAUCAUGGACCGCCUGCAUCGCAUGCUCCAAGCUGCCCAGGGCAUGGGCGUGGGGGGCGCCAGCUCUAAUGGUGAUAUCCCCAACCUCAUCGAUAACUCCGAAACCGUCCACAUCUCCUCGCUCGCUCUGCUGAAGAUGCUAAGGCAUGGUCGGGCCGGUGUGCCCAUGGAAGUCAUGGGUUUGAUGCUGGGAGAGUUCGUGGAUGAGUACACAGUCCGGGUUGUUGACGUUUUCGCCAUGCCCCAAAGUGGUACCGGUGUCAGUGUCGAAGCCGUGGACCCCGUGUUCCAGACGAAGAUGAUGGAUAUGCUCCGGCAAACGGGACGACCAGAGACCGUUGUUGGCUGGUACCACUCGCAUCCUGGUUUCGGCUGCUGGCUCUCGUCCGUCGACAUCAACACCCAGCAAUCCUUCGAACAGCUCACGCCUCGCGCCGUGGCCGUGGUCGUCGACCCCAUCCAGUCCGUCAAGGGUAAGGUCGUCAUCGAUGCCUUCCGUCUCAUCCAACCGCAGACCGUCGUCAUGGGCCAGGAGCCCCGCCAAACAACAUCCAAUCUGGGUCACCUCAACAAGCCGUCCAUCCAGGCCCUCAUCCACGGCCUGAACCGCCACUACUACAGCAUUGCUAUCAACUACCGCAAGACCGGUCUCGAGGAGAACAUGCUGAUGAACCUGCACAAGCACGUCUGGACGGAGGCACUGCAGAUGAAGGACUUCCACGAGGAGGGCGAGCACAAUGUCGAGCGCAUGAGGCAGCUCGUGAGCUUGGCUGAGGGCUACGAGAAGCGGGUCAAGGAGGAGACCACGCUCACCAAGGACCAGCUCAAGACGAGAUAUGUCGGAAAGGUCGAUCCCAAGAAGCACAUCGAAGACGUGAGCCAGCAGCUGAUUGAGGACAACAUCGUUGCCGUGUCACGGCAGAUGAUCGACAAGGAAGCCUCUGUGGCACGGCUAUCAAACGGCAAGGACGCUCAGAACGGCACUGGCAUGGAGGUCGACGAGGAGCUAUAGACGGUCAAGUCACGUUAUCAUAACUGAAUUUAAUGCCCCCAGCGGAGUAGGCGAUUCUCUCCACGCGGGCUUCAUGUCCAGGACGGCCAUCUUGUCUUGGCAGACACAUAAAUGAAUGACGUUACAUGUAUCAGAUAGGCCCGCAUACCGGAUGGGAUAGUAGCAACACAGCCUGAUGCGGACAUUUGGAAGACCAAAAUCAGUCCAAUUGUCUAGAAUCAUCUAUAUAGCUGAUAUAUAUGCGUCUAUAGUAAACAUAGCCCAA